AUGUCGUGGAUCUGUUUCGGAUUAGCAUGUUUCCCCCAUAACCUCUACCUCUGGACCCGUCGAGUGUACCUCUGGGACGAGAACCAAUACAGCUUGUACUCGACCAUUAACCAAGUGAUAGAACAAGUCAUGAGUCUCAUCGCAGCUCCUGUGUUGCACAAAUUGGCCGUGCACGACUGUUUGAUGGGAGCUGGCGCGUCGUUUCUCAGUUUCCUGAAGAUGCUCACGCUCGGCCUGACAACUUCUCCGUCCCAGUGGUGGGUCAUUUACCUCUUCGUCAUCAUACCUUCUGCUAUUCCUUCUGCUGCCAUCAGAGCUCAGAUGUCCAAGAUAUGCGACCCGGGCGAGGUAGGUCGCGUGUUCUCCAUGCUGGCUAUCUUGGAGGUGUUGUGGCCACUCGCCGACAGCGCCAUCUUCACCGCCGUCUACAGCUCGACCUUGGACUUCUACCCUUCGUACGAACACCUCGUCGGCGCCUUCUGCGGGGUCUUCGAAAUCUGCGGGUUCCUUGGCCUCAGACUCUCGCUGGAACACGUGAAGAAUCGGGUUGGUCGAGGAGCUGCUGAAGAGGAACUAGCGAAGGUGGAGGACCCCGCCAAGUCCUGCUGA